AUGAUCUUCCCAAAGCCAACCUCAUACUACGAGCAGGGAUUCAAGCGCUCGCCUGCUCUCGAGCGCGCAACGGCCCCCUUCCGUGUCAGGAAUGCCCUCACCGGAGCCGGCAUCGUCGUCUUCUGUGUCUCCGUCUGUACACAGGACGACUUUUCCGAUAUCAAACUUCCUAGCCACAUGGUCGGCCAGAAGACGGAUGACAACAACACACCAGCGUCUGCAUAA